CAUACACCACAUCGAAUACAGUCAACCGCAUGAGGAGUGUUACAUGCUGAAGGGGAGAGUUCACCUUAUCCUACGUGGGACUAAAGCUUCCCUUAAAUGUUAAACUGAGGGCAAAUUUAACCCUAAUUAGAUCAUCCUGGGUAGCAAAAUCGCCUGUCCGCUCUUUGACAGCUCGGUAUCGACGUCAUGGUACCGUAUGGCAGCAGUGAUACUUGACGACGUGUCGUUGACCAUUUAACUGUAUGACAGUCAAUUGAAAGUUCAAGUCAACCAUUUAUUUUGAGACCAACAUAUGUGUUGCUUUACUUCUGUAUUUAGCCGUUACGCUAAUGCUAGUUAGCUAAGAGGGCGAACUUGUUAUCGUUAGCUAGCAUCAUGGACCCUCCCAACCCUGUUCUGGCUAGCAAGCUCUAGCGACACUGUCUCUCGAUUGCGCUGCGACCUAAAUAUUUGUCGUAAUAUUUCUUCACUGUUAUUGAUUUAACAAGACGCGUGCAGUUACAUCAAGUCAGUGUUAAGUGGUCAGUCUUUGUUAUCGAGAUUCAGCGGGAGCGAGCUGCCUCUAUUGUUGACACGGAUACGGCCAGCUGAAGUGCACUGUGGGCAUGUUGUGGUCUUAACAGUCCUGCAUCAGCUUCACAACAAUACAGUGGACAUAUGGACAUGGGGCUGGGAGGAAGCUAACAAGAACUCUGCAGCCGACUCCUACCUGAAUGAGGAUGAUCGGGGCUUUGAAGGAGGACAGCUGUGCCUGCUGACUCUGUAGGCGUUGGACUAAGGACCAGAGUUUAUUUGUCUGUAUAGCAGCUUAAACUCAAACAGGACUACAUGAAGAGAAAAGGAAAUAAACUGUGUUGGCAUCUGGUCCACACUUCUGGCACUGAGAUGUUGCUGAGGACCUUACUGAUCACCAGUCUUCUUGGCUGGGCAACAUGUCAAGAGAGCCAGAGCAUGACACCAGAAGAGAAGACUGUUAUCAGGGACCAGAUUAUUGAAAUGUUUGACCAUGCUUACGGCAGUUACAUGAAAUAUGCCUAUCCAGCAGAUGAGCUCAUGCCUCUAAGCUGCAGGGGGAGAGUCCGUGGCCAGGAGCCCAAUAGAGGGGACAUAGAUGACUCCUUGGGGAAGUUUUCCCUCACACUGAUCGACACGCUUGAUACCCUGGUGGUUUUAAACAAGCUUGAUGAGUUUGAGGACGCAGUGAAGAAGGCCAUGACCGAUGUACGCCUUGACAACGAUGUGGUGGUGUCUGUGUUUGAGACCAACAUCAGAGUUUUAGGAGGGCUUUUGGGAGCCCAUGUGAUGGCCGACCUGCUACGGCAGCGCGGGGAGAGGAUGCUGUGGUAUCGGGAUGAGCUCCUACACAUGGCCAAAGAGCUGGGCCAUCGAUUACUGCCUGCCUUUAACACCACAAGUGGCCUUCCCUACCCUAAGGUGAAUCUGCGUUAUGGAGUUCUAAACCCACUUUCACGCACAGGCACUGAAUCGGACACCUGCACAGCAUGUGCUGGAACAAUGAUCCUGGAGUUUGCUGCCCUCAGCAGACUGUCAGGAAAUUCAGUUUUUGAGGAACAUGCAAGGAAGGCUCUGGAUGUCCUCUGGCAGAGGAGACAGAGGGGAAGUGACUUGGUGGGGACAGUCAUCAAUAUCCAUAAUGCAGAAUGGGUCCGGAGAGAGAGUGGAGUCGGUGCUGGUAUCGACUCAUACUAUGAAUAUCUGAUGAAGGCCUACAUUCUUCUCGGAGACAAUGUUUAUCUUGAGAGGUUCAACAUUCACUACAGUGCCAUUAUGAAGUACAUCAGUCAGCCUCCUCUGCUGCUUAAUGUACACAUGCACAACCCCACUGUGAACGUGCGCAGCUGGAUGGACUCUCUCCUGGCAUUCUUCCCUGGCUUACAGGUUUUGAGAGGAGACCUGAAACCAGCGAUUGAGACUCAUGAAAUGCUUUAUCAAGUCACCAAACAGCACAAGUUCCUUCCAGAGGCUUUCACGACAGAGUUUAGAGUUCAUUGGGGCCAACACCUACUGAGACCAGAGUUUGCAGAAAGCACCUACUACCUCUAUAAGGCCACUGGCGACCCCUACUACCUCAGAGUGGGACAGUCCAUCGUGGAGAAGCUCAACGCCUACGCCCGGGUGCCUUGCGGCUUUGCUGCUGUGCAAGACGUCCGCACUGGGAUACAUGAAGACAGGAUGGACUCUUUCUUUCUGGCUGAGAUGUUUAAAUACCUGUACCUGCUGUUUACGGAUAAGAGUCAGCUUCCCAUCGAUAUUGACGACUACAUCUUCACCACGGAGGCUCACCUCCUCCCUGUUUCUCUCUCCAUCACCCAGCCGCCCUGUCAGAGCAACAAUACGGAGCCUGUUCCUGCUUCUAUAGAAGAAGAUAUGUUCACACACUCCUGCCCCAGCAUGGAGACGUUGUUUCCCAACAACCCCUCAUUCGCCAAAACCAUACGGGACAAUUACAAGUACCUCACUGGAGUGGGACGCGCCUUCCACCCCUCACCUGUCAGGGAAAUUGAACUCCCGCUCCAUGAUAAUGAGAUGGAGCCAGUGGAGUUCUUGAAGAGCAUGGGGAUUUCUCUCACCCCACUGAAUGAGGUCUUUGCAGGACAAACCGAGCAUAAAGCAGUGUACCGGGUCAAACUUGUGGCAGAGGUGAACCACACCAUGGAGGAGGAGGAAGUGUUGCCCCAUGUGGUUCAGCUCAUAUCCCCCCCAUUCCUGGGUAGGACAGUCCUCACAGCAGGACCUGCCACGUUUGGGAUGGACCUCACCAAGCAGGAGCACGGGGUGAAGGGCAGCAUAGUGAGAGCCUCUCCGUACACUGCAUGCGAGCCAAUAGAUAGUGCAGUGGCACUUAAAGGGCAUAUCGCUCUGGCACUGCGUGGUGACUGCAUGUUUGCUGUGAAGGCCCGUUGGCUGCAGGAAGCAGGGGCCAUAGGAGUCAUCUUUAUAGACCACCGCGAGGGAAGUAAUAGCGUGGAUACUCCCCUCUUCCAGAUGGUUGGAGACGGCGACUCCACUGAAGACAUCACCCUGCCUUUGGUCUUCCUGUUCAGCCACGAGGGGGCCGUGCUCACAGAGGCUCUGGAGGAACAUCACAAUGUGGAUGUGCUGCUGCUGCCCAAGGAGAGGCAGCUGGGACAUGAUAAGGCCAAAAAAACUCUCGGCAUGAAUAUCAAACUCCGUCUGGCAGACGAGGAGGAGCUGGAGGACGGAUCAGCCAGAGGGCCCACCUUGGAGUUUGUCUUGGAGAAAGAGGAGAUGUUUCUUCAGGAAGAGGAAGAAGAAGAGCUGUGUGAACAACAACAACAACAACAACAGCCAGCACAGCAGCUUUGCUCAAAGGCAGCAGAGAAGGACAGAACUGAUCCUUGUUCAGCAGAUUCCUGUCAAACCACAAACUUUAACAGUAAACCCGACGCGAACCCUUGACCAUGCUGAUCCUGAAGCAGUCCAGUUUCCUCUCGUCAUCUUCUGAAUGGCGUGUGCCUCUGAGCCCCUCACUGCCUACAUGGAGCCCUAACUGCAGCCUGCAUGUUUACAACCGAUGAAGGAGAGGAAAGCAGUGUGACGGCCACAUUCACCUCCUGUUUUGACUUCUAAACCUAAAGAUGGUUCUACAUUCAUUAGUCAAAGAAUCUAAGUGAGGCUUUUACUGAAGCUUCUGAAAUGAGGCAUGGCAUGAGACUAAACUAGGUGGAGGCCAAAAGCUGUAAGUUAAAUAUGGCUGGGCUGGUGCUGCCCACACCCAGCCUGCAGUGUUGCUCGGCACAUACAAGUGUUUGUGAUGAUAAAGACGGAUCACUGACGAGAAUAAAAAAAUGACCUCACCUUAGAGGAGACGUAGACAAGGCAUACAUGUACUCGGCUAGGUUUUUAUGCAAUGCGGUUUGCUUUUACUGUUGAGUGCAUCUUUUCACUUCAACAGCUAAUGUGAAGUAGUCAGUGACGGGGAAUGGAAUGUCACCUGGCGAGUAGGCGUGCGCUACCGUAUAGCCUCUCAAUGAAAUAAUGCAAGAAGAUGAAGGCGAUGAGCUGGGGCCAAUUAGGAACGUUUAUUUUCUUUUGUACCAGUAAAUAUCUUCAGGGAAUUUCAGGAGUGAAUGCAGUCUGCUAGGUUCUGCAUUUCCGUUUUGCGAGUGUCAGGAGUGCAAUGUGUUUAAUAACAAACACCUAAAGAGUCUCAGCUAAAACAUUGCUAUUUGAUGAAACCCUUUCUUUUUCUUUUUUCUUUUUUUUUACAAAGUCGUGCAAGUAAUAGAGAAUAAAUGUAGGAUCAACCAACGUGAAUUUUAAGCAACUAAGUUUGGAUUUGGAUUCAGGCUGUAUGCUUUUUGUUUUUAAGCCUGCAAAUAACGUUGGUCAUUUUUGAAGUGCAAUGUAUCAUGCCACCUUAAAACAUUGCAACUGAAGUCUUUUUGUCAGUCUGGUUUCAGAUGCAGCAUCACAGGUUGGUAUGCGGUCCCAGACGUCUAUGCACUUUGAAACACGGGUAUGAUGAUGGUCUCUAUGGCAUUCGUGUGUGUUGCAAUAAGUAACUUCAAGUCCGCUGAUGCGAUGUUUUAAGCCACUUACAUGGACAACUCUACAAGGAUGGUUUAAAAAAACAACAACAAAAACUUUGAAUAUUUAGUACGUCAUUUAGAUUGCUGGAGUACUGCAAUGUUUUUGCAUCAUCUAAAAUGGUAACAGUCAAACUGGAAAGGCCUAUUGAAUUAUGUUUAGUUAAAAAGUAUGAUGGAUACAGUUGUCUGUACACAAACUAUUACGAGGAAUCACUUCAUGUAACAAUUCAAGAACUCUUAAUUCCCACUAGUAAUUUGUUGCAUGAUUUUUUUUCUUUUUGUGGUACAUUAAAUGUCAGCUUAUGUUUGUGUGGGGGAAAACACUUUUCAUGCCCGAGUACAUUUUCUUAUGUCUUUACAGUGGACAUGUUUUUGAUGCUGCGGAUUUAAUUUCAUCGAAUUAAUCCGAGAUUACUUUUGUUUUGUUACGCCUGAAUGAGGUUUUGCCAACCCGUAGACCUCAGGACUGUUUUACAGUUCACAUAGAAAAGGACCAUGGACAGUUUUUGUAAAUCCUUUUUCUUGCUUUUUCAUUUUCAGCUGUUAACAUUUCUGUUUAGUGGUGCCACUUUCCGGUUAGCCUCUUCUCUCUUUAUUUUCCAACUGAGCCGAAGCAGAACUGCUAAUAAAUUUGAAAUCACAAUUAUCAAA